GAGGUACGUUUUUUUAUCCGUUACAGUUCCUUUCCUUCCCCCAUCUCUCUCACUUUCACCGUUACCUCUCAUCGCACACAACCAAAGAGAACGAACCAAAAGCACCGCGAAUUGCAAUUAGGGUUUAAACUCCGUUACCCUUCGCGGUUUUUGCCAGAUCGCGGAUUCGAUGAUGAUGGAAGGAGCUAGCAAUGGAGGGAUGCUGUACCACGAGGUGCAGGAGUCGAAGCUGUGUGCGGUGCAUUGUGUGAACACCGUUUUGCAGGGUCCGUUCUUCUCGGAGUUCGAUUUGGCCGCGCUCGCCUCUGAUCUCGAUCGCAAGGAGCGCCAGGUCAUGCUGCCCGCACUCUCCUCUUCCGAUUUCGAAUCGCACAAUGUGUCGCUCGACGGUGAUUUCAGCAUCCAGGUUUUACAAAAGGCUUUGGAAGUGUGGGACCUACAAGUUAUCCCUCUUGACUCUCCAGUUGCUGAGCCUGCCCAGAUUGACCCUGAGCUGGAAAAUGCCUUCAUUUGUCAUCUACAAGACCAUUGGUUUUGUAUCCGCAAAGUGAAUGGGGAGUGGUAUAAUUUUGACAGUCUCUAUGCAGCCCCGCAACACCUUUCCAAGUUUUACCUUUCUGCCUAUCUUGACUCUCUGAAAGGCUUUGGGUGGAGCAUAUUCCUAGUCAGGGGAAAUUUUCCAAAAGAAUUCCCCAUCUCCUCAUCUGAAGCGUCUAAUGGUUUUGGUCAGUGGCUUUCACCUGAAGAUGCUGAGAGGAUAACUAAAUCUUGCAACUCAGUACAGGCUCCGCAACAGAGAGUUAAUGAGAGCCAACAGCACUAUGAUCAGUUUCUUUCUCGCGGGGAAACUGAAAUGUUAUUAGACAUGGAAGAUGAGGAACUAAGGGCUGCAAUUGCAGCAAGUCUGAUGGAUUCGUCCCCAAUUGUGACCACUGCUGAAGCCAGUACUCCCCAAAAUGAUUAUCAAAGUAGUAAACAGGUGGCCACUACUGAAACUACCCCUCUAAAUGAUCAAAAUUCCGAACAAGCAGUAACUACUGAAGCUAUCGCUCUAAAUGGGCAACAAUCCAAACUAGUGGAGCCCAUUGAACCUAUUCUACCUCUCAAUUCUCAGAAUGAUCAAAACAGCAAAGAAGUGGCAUCCACUAUAGGCGAUAACGUUCAAGAUGAAAACGAGAAUAAAGAGAAAGCUGUCUAAGAGUGUGCUUAAUUUGGCCCGAAUUUGUUUUCGCAAUUGAGGACAAUAUUCUAUUAUACCAGUUUUAGGUGGUCGAAACAUACGUCAGUGGCUUAAAGUCAUGGUGCUGUGCAGUAUACACAUUCUCAUUUCAAUUGCAUGAUGUAUAAACUGUAAGGAAACCCUUCAGCAUUUCCAUCGAUUAUAUGAUAGUUACCAAGUUUUGAUAA